UCGCCCAGGCUUUUUGAGCCACUUUCAACGUCCAAGUAGCUUUAUAGAGAUUUGUCCUAAAGGAUUCUUUUCCACCAUGUCAGAGUUCUGGCUAAUUUCAGCUCCAGGGGAUAAGGCCAAUUUGCUUGCCUGGGACAGAAUGAAUACUGUGACUUCGAAAGCCAACCUGUCCAGGAACAGCAAGUUCACCAUCCCUGACCUCAAGGUAGGAACACUGGAUGCACUGGUUGGCCUCUCAGAUGAGUUGGGAAAACUUGAUAGCUUUGCUGAAAGUGUAAUAAAGAAAAUUGCCCAAUAUAUUGGAGAAGUUCUAGAAGAUUCGAAAGAUAAAGUACAGGAAAACCUGCUGGCCAAUGGAGUUGAUCUGAUUAGUUAUCUAACAAGGUUUGAAUGGGACAUGGCUAAGUAUCCAAUAAAACAACCCCUGAAGAACGUUUCAGAAGGAUUAGCAAAGCAAAUUACACAAAUCGAAACAGACAUGAAAAGCCGAGCAGCUGCCUACAACAACAUCAAAGGAAACCUUCAGAAUCUGGAAAGAAAAACAGUAGGAAAUCUUUUGACCCGUACUUUAACGGAUAUAGUGAACAAAGAAGACUUUGUGUUGAAUUCCGAAUAUCUCAUCACCCUUCUUGUCGUAGUUCCUAAAUCAAGCUAUGUGCAAUGGCAAAAAACAUAUGAAUUACUCUCAAAUAUGGUGGUUCCUCGCUCUACAAAGAUGAUCGCUGAAGAUGCAGAGGGAGGUCUUUUCACGGUCACCCUGUUCCGAAAAGUGAUUGAUGACUUUAAGGCCAAAGCCAGAGAGAACAAGUUCAUGGUGCGGGAAUUUUAUUUUGAUGAAAAUGAACUGAAGUGCGAAAAGGAUGAAAUGAGGAAGCUAGCUUCUGAUAAGAAGCAACAGUAUGGUCCUCUGUUGAGAUGGUUGAAGGUGAACUUCAGUGAAGCAUUUGUGGCUUGGAUUCAUAUAAAGGCACUAAGAGUUUUCUCAGAAUCUGUCCUCAGGUAUGGAUUACCAGUGAACUUCCAGGCAAUGCUACUUCAGCCUAAUAAGAAAUCUACCAAGAGGUUGAGAGAAGUUCUAAAUGCAGUCUUCAAGCAUCUGGACGAAGUAGCAGCAGCCAGCACGAUGGAUACUUCAGUCGAUAUUCCUGGCUUACAGCUAAGCAAUCAAGACUACUACCCCUAUGUCUAUUUCAGGAUUGACCUCAGCCUUCUCGAUUGCAGCUAAAAUAUGCUGGACUAAGUGUGACUUGUUUUUCAGUAUUGUAGCAUUUCAUUGUGAGUGAAGUGUCAUCAUCUCAAGCUGUUUUUAAGGCAAACAUAAUAGGAGUGUGGCCCUUUCAAUGAAGAAAGGGCAAGUAAUUUUAAGCAAGUGUUAAUUGUAGUUUCUAGAUUUGGCUUGACUAUACAGCAGUUUGAUUGCCUUCUUCCAAUUUGAGAGUUAAAAGAUACUGGAAGCUUUCUCUGAUUGUAUUAGAAAACAUGCUUCACAAGGCAUUUGUGUUAUAGUUGUAUUUAUUCUGUUGUAAUUACAAAAAAAACCCCUUAUCAACUAGGGUUUUAAAUAAAAUUGAAAGGUAUCUGGUGGUUAAGACAGCAUAUCCUCGAGUCAUAAAUCUGUAAUUUAUUUAAUGUAUUGAUUCAGUCAACACAGCAGUUACACACUAAAAUAGAAGGGAGAAAUACUUUGAGAAGUUUGUCUUAAUCUAACUGGUUGCUUCAGUUUAGCUUGUCACAAAAAUCCAGACAGAAAAUUUUUCUCCUUUGCCUGAGUGAAAUAUGCCCCGCCCCCAAAUGAGCAUAUGGCCCACUGCAGACAUAAUACAGAACUUGAAAUCUCAUUUUAUCAGUUUGUUGAAAGCAGUAUGGCUCUUCAUCCAUCUUGAAUUUAAUUAAAAUCAGAUUAGAAUAGCAGUACUUCUCUCAUAGCCACCAUUUGUUGGCAACGUUACAGUAUAUCCUUUGAGGAGCAUUGAAGUCCAACAAAUGGCUACGAUGAUGUUGGAGCAAACCGGUCCCUAGAGAAAAGGUGAGCCUUUUUUAAAAGGAAGAGAAAUAUUGUCUAAUGUUCUUGUGGCAGGAAAAUUUAAUACUGGCACUGGGAACUUUCUUACAUCCUUCUAAAGAAAUCAUAUCAUCUUGAUUUGUUAUAGGAACAUUAUAUUUUAUAAUUUAACAUUAUAUUAAAAUUAGCCUGAAAUCAUAAUUCUGGGCUACUUGGAAACAUUCUUCAUCAGAGACAACAGGAACUAGAUGAUGGCUCAGUAUUUUUCUUGAGUACCAUCAAGGAACAUGAGUGCUUAAAAGAUUCCCACUACAACUGACAAGAUGUGCAUCAAGAUAAACCUGCCACAAGUCACCCAGCAAAUACGGCAGCUCUCUCAAUCCUACAGGCUCCAUAAAGAAAAAUAAUUAUUGAAGUUAUUUAGAGAGAAUCCAAGG